AUGUGGGUGGGCUGCCUCCCCCACCCUCACCUGCCUGACCACACCCUGGUCCUCCUGCACACCGAGGGGAUGGGGUCGUUGCAGGAGGACCUGGAGAGCUCCCGGUGGCUGCUGGUGCUGACCCUGCUCCUCUGCAGCUCCCUGAUCCACACCAGCCACGGGGACAUCACCCAGCAGGACAUGAACCGGCUGAGGUGGCUGUCGGAGCUGCCCGAGCUCAUCACGUGCAGAGAGAGCCCCGAGCGCGGCGCCCUCAGCGAUUCCCACAGAUUCGCCCUUUUCUUCCCCGAUUUCGUCUGGGCCGUCAUGGAUCGCACCCGGGAGCUCCUGGACGAGGACGGGUGGGAAAUCUCCGAGGACGAGUACCUGGAGCGGGCGCUGAGGCUGCAGCCAGGUACCAACACCCGGGCCCAGCGGCACAACCUGCCCCGGGAGUGCAUCCGGCAGUUCUUCCCGGAGCGCCGGUGCUUCCUGAUCCAGGGGCACCCGGAGGAGACCCCGGCCGGGCUGCAGGAGCAGAAGUUCCUCACGUUCCUCCGGGAGGAGGCGCAGACGAAAACGUUGCCCGGGGGCCUCGUCGUCACCGGGGAACUUCUGGGGAGGCUGGCAGAGAUCUACGUGGAGCAGAUCCGGGCGGGAGCGGUGCCGUGCCUGGAGCGCGCCAUCCGGGACGUGGCCCCGGCGGCCAACGCGGCGGCGGUGGCGGCGGCCCUGCAGCUCUACCGGGAGCGGACGGAGGGCCUGGAGCUGCCCGUGGACACGGUGACGGAGCUGCUGCGGCUCCACAGGCGCUGCGAGCGAGAGGCUCUGGAGCUGUUCAUGGAGCGGGCUUUCCCGGAUGGAAUCCGCAAUAGCCAGGACGAGUUCAUGCGCCAGGUGGAGGCCCUGAGGGACAAGUUCUUCUCGAACAACGAGCGCCUGUCCCGCGCCAGGUGCGAGGAGACCCUCCAGAACCUGUCCCGGGACAUGGAGACACGGAACCGGGACAGAUCCCACGGCCUGCCCGGGGGAUACCUGCAGGCGCUGGUGGUGAAAUACUGGAACCUGCCCGGCAAGGGGUUGAAGGCGGCUGCCGUGCUGCAGGAAUUCCUCAGGAGGAGGAGCAUCCCGGAGCAUUCCAUCAGGAUGUGGAGGGAUCAGUACCUGCGGGAGCUGGGGCAGAGGGUGCGCGCGGAGAAGGAGGACGAGCAGCGGCAGCGGCAGCAGGAGCAGUACGGAGAGGAGGAGCGGCUGCGCCAGGGCGGCUUCCAGGAGCAAGCGGACAGGCUCUUCUCCGUGAUCCUGGAGCUGGACCAGGAAUAUCACGGCCGUGGCAGGAACAGAGGCGGCUGGAACGGCAGGAAUGCCGGCUGGGACGGCGGGGACAGAGGCUGGAACGGCAGGAAUUCCGGCUGGGAUGGCGGGGACAGAGGCUGGAACGGCAGGAAUUCCGGCUGGGAUGGCGGGGACAGAGGCUGGAACGGCAGGAAUUCCGGCUGGGACGGCGGGAAUUCCGGCAGGAACGGCGGGGACAGAGGCUGGAACGACUCCAGGAGCAGCAACCACCACUACCUGUGGAUCCCCGUCGCCCUGGGCGUCGUGGCGGUUCUGGCACUCAUCCUCAUGUAA